CCGAUGUCACCGAGCAUACUGCGCAUGCGCAAGCUCGACGACGACUGACCGGCCGCCAUCUUAGUUGUAGUUCUCGGAGCGCUUGUGCCGCUGCGGUUUGCAGGACUCUCCGAUCAACUUGCGCCGUGUGAAGAAAAUCGACUUCGAUCAACAUCGCAUGUGCUUGACAUUACUACUCAGACCUUCUAGGCCUGUAUAUCGUGAUCAUGGCAUGUAGACCUAUAACCGACAACCAGGAAAAGUGGACCAGUCAGACAAAGUCACUGAACCCAUUCUUUGGAAAAGAACACAUCUAUAGGUACAUAGAAAGCAAAGGUGCUCAAAAACAUCGAGAUGCUGGGAUACGCCUCUUCACUUCAGGACAUUUGCAGAAGCUGCAGUUUUUGGAAGGCAGUGGUGCAGAGACCGUUGUACGUGCAGAAGUGCUAGCUUCCAUGACUACUAGGACCCUGUACAAGGCAUCCAUCAAGUUGUAUAAAUGUGAUGGUGAGGUAGUUUCGGGGAGCUGCACCUGCGUUGCAGGCAAAGGUGCAGUGUGCAAGCACAUCUGCUGUGUCUUGUAUGGUUUAAUGUACAUUGCACAGCAUGAUCUGGCAUCUGUGCCAGACUCUCUCUCGUGCACAGAGACAGAAAGACAGUGGUACCACCCCAGAGACCCCAGGAAGGUCACGGAAGAUUUUGAGAAUGUAGUCUUUUCCAAGGACACCUGCGACAGGAUCAGCUGUGCACCAGAACGACACCAAAAACGAAUUCAGUAUUCAUCUUUGAAAGCAGACAGAAAGGUGAUGAAAACACCCAGCCUGAUAAACUUGCAUGGCAAUCUUAAGAAAUGCGGCCUCGACUGCUUUGCCGACAUUCUCGAGGCAAACGACUUCUUGCCCGUGAGAAUUGCAGAAACAGCAAAUUGUGCUGAAGAAGACAAAGGAAUGCCGAAACGAUGGCUUGAUGCUGUAAAAGCUGGAAGUGCAGUCCAGUACACAGUUAAUGACGUGAAUGCUGUGGAGAAUGCCACAAGGCUCCAGAGUGGAUCACCCAUGUGGCAUCAUUACCGGAAAGGAAUUAUAACUGCAUCAUCGGCGCAUAGAGUGUACACAUGGGUGAAUAGUACGUGCAAAAGAAAGAUGGGGCCCCAUGAUGUGCGCUCUCUGCUAAGCACUAUCAUGGGUAAGAAAGUGCGUGCUACUUAUGCCAUGAAGCGGGGCCUUUUAUGCGAAGACAGCGCAAGGAAGGCCUUCCUUGAAAAAAAUAAACAGCACGUGGACAUCGACGUGAGGCAGUGUGGUCUUUUUUUAUGCCGCAACCAUCCUUUCCUUGGGGCAAGCCCAGACGGAAUCGCUACAUGCAGUUGUUGUGCACCACGCCUUUUGGAGAUCAAAAGCCCCAUGAGAAUUGAUGCAUUUUGCAAGAAUGAACUGCGUGGUGGAUGCCUCAAAGCCAGCAGCAGGUAUUUUACCCAGGUGCAGACACAAAUGGGGGUUACCGGUCUGAAGAGUUGUGUCCUCUUCGUGUACAGUGAAGAAAAGUGUGUGCAAGUUCCUGUACUUUUUGAUGAGGCAUUCUUCACUGAGCUGGUGAAGUGCUGCAAGUUUUUUGCUGACCAGUACCUGGUGCCUUAUUUCUCUGGAAAUUGGCAGCUUUCUUAAUCAGUGUAAAUUUACUGUUCCUCUUUGUCAUCCCUUUCUGCAUGAUUUAUAUUCUGCUGGUGUAUGAUGUACUAUGCGUAAUCUCACUUUAAUGACGUGUGCAGAAAAUUAUCCUCGGUACCAAUAUAUCCCAUGUAUCAUGUAUCUGG